AUGCCUGCAUCAACCAAAAGCACACCUCCCAUGGGCAGUCGUCAAGAACACUGCCACCAGUUGAGUCGGGUACCCAGCCAUGGUACGCCCCCAGUGGGCAGCCGCCAGGAGCACUUCAAUGAAUUGACCAGGGUACUCAGCCACGGUACGCCUCCGCUGGGUAGCCGCCAGGAGCAUCCUCAUGAGUUCACUGAGGAGCAUGAACAUGACAUGCCUCCGCCGGGCAGCCGCCAGGAGCACUUCAAUGAAUUGACCAGGGUUCUUAGCCACGGUACGCCUGCGUUGGGCAGCCGCCAUGAGUUGGCGCUGGUACCUGAUCAUGGCACACUUCCUAUGGGCAGCCGCCAGGAGAAAUGCCACCAGUUAAGCCGGAUACCUAGCCAUGGCACGGCCCCGAUGGGCAGCCGCCAGGAGCGCGCAUCACACUCGCCUCACACAAAUGGCAGCGAUAACUACCAUCACCAUACGUUUGAUUUUGGCUCUCUUCUUAUCAAGUCUCUUGCUCGCGCCAAAGCGGCUAUUACUAAACACCACUCUCCAUCGCCGCCCUGUUACAGCGAGGUUGUGCUUGAGAAGCAGCCGUUGCAUCUCUGA